AUGACAGACAGGAGCGGGGAGUUCGUGUCCCUAGAUCGUGAUCGAAUGCCACUGGACGAGAAGCUGUACCGCUUGUCUGAGGACGACGUCGCAUUUUUGAAGUUGCACACGGGUAUACGGGAUGACGACGAAUUGAAGCAGCAUGUCUUGGAAGUCCAGGCGGAUGCAUACCAGGUGGGCAUGGAGACCGGUGAUUAUCAUGAGCAUGUUACUCACACAAUUGUGUUCGUGAAGGUGUAUCCGUACCCCUGUAUCCGUUAUUUCAUGUUUACACACACGGGUAUCGCCCGACACUUUGCCUACGGACAGUUUCUGAAUCUGGGACGUGAGAGGCCGGACGAAAUAUUCCUCGAGCUUCCUGUGCAUGCUGUCUCUGACGGGUUCCCGCAACAAAACUGUGUUGCUGCCGACCUCGAGCGAAAGUACUGGGAGCUCGGCCAUCGUCUCUUCAAGAGCACCCCAGAAUCAUUUCCCGUCGCAUUCGUCCCGGGCGACAUCUUCGACCAAGAUUACCUCGCGUCGAGCGUUCAGCCCGUCUACGCACAGCCAAACUCUCCGGCACCCGCGCUCUCCGGCCUUGCGAGCCUGACGCCGCUGCGUGGCCACCCUGCUCUCCCCCUUCCUGGCUCGAUGAUCUUCGGCCGUCAUCACAGCGCCGAUGUCAAAGGCGUGAGGGACUUCCCGGUGCCGGAUGGAGACAAAACAUCAAAUGUGAUUCAGGUGUUCUGCCACUCACCGCAGACGUGGAUGGUGUUGUGGAACGGGAAGGUAUUCAAGGAGGGCACGGUGGAGGUCAAGGUAGAGCUCCAGGAAGAGCCCGUUAGUGCGAUGGCACCGCCGGAGCGGAAACUCUACGUGAUGGUCUGGUCGGUGACGAGAUUGUGA